GCCACCAACAAACACACACAAACAGAGACACCUGUACACACACACAGACAUGUACAAACACACACACAUACAUACACACACAGAAACAUGUACACACACGCACAUAGACACAUGUACACACACACACACAUACAGACACAUGUAUACAAACACAGGCACGUACAGACGCACAGACACUUGUACAUACACACAGAUACCUGUACAUACAUACACAGACAUAUGUACACACAGACACAUGUACACACACACAGACACAUGUACACACACACAUGCAUGUACAUACAUGCAGACACAUGUACAUACACACAGACACAUGUACAAUUGUACAUGCAUACACAGACACACACUAACACACUCACAUGUACACGUACACACACACACACACCAUAAAAAGUUGCAGUACUUCGUUGUUCACUCACAGAUCCGGGUACUGCACUCUAGGGGGAGGCAGAGAGCACAGCACACACUCCUUGCUUUGCUUUCACUGCGCUCAGCUAUUCAGCAGUCUGACGGUUCCCAGUGCCAAUGACAGAUCUGGCCUGGGCUCCGAGCCUGCUCAGCAAGACGGCUCUGGGGGACACACUGCCCUCACAAUAAUUUCCAUUCGCCAUUGGCGAGCAGGAGAGUGGAAAUUUCAAGC